AUGCUUGCCAAGGUCCUCGCCGCCGUUACCCUGGCUUUGGGAGCCAGCGCCCACUACACCUUCCCCUCCAUCCAGAGCUCCGGCGCGUGGGAGUACGUCCGCCAGGCCGACAACUACCAGAGCAAUGGCUUCGUCGGCGACGUGAGCACCCCGCAGAUGCGCUGCUUCCAGACCGCCGGCUCCGCCAGCAAGGCCACCUACUCCGUCGCCGCCGGCUCCGCCGUCACCUACAACGCCGCUCCCAACGUCUACCACCCCGGCCCCAUGGCCUUUUACCUCGCCAAGGUCCCCGCCGGCCAGACCGUCGACACCUUUGACGGGGCGGGUGACGUGUGGUUCAAGAUUUACCACGAGCAGCCCAACUUUGGCGCGCAGCUGACGUGGCCCAGCAACGGCAAGUCCAGCUUCAGCGUAAACAUCCCCUCGUGCAUCCCCGCCGGCGACUAUCUCCUCCGCGCGGAGCACAUCGGCCUGCACGGCGCCUCCACCGAGCCCUCGGCCAAGGUGGCCUUCCCCGGCGCGUACAAGGCCUCGGACCCCGGCAUCCAGAUCAACAUCAACUACCCCGUCCCCACCACGUACCAGAACCCCGGCCCCGCCGUCUUCACUUGCUAA